UUCAAUAUCCUGUAACAUUCACGGCAAAAUAGUUUUUGCAAAACUUCUUAAAGUUAAUCAGGUUUUUUUCAGAAGAAAAAAGGCAAUCAUGGCUGAAGGUGCUAACCAAACUCAAGCUGCGAGUUUCACUCCUGAUGAAGAUUUCAACGAGCUCCACGACAAAGAUGAAACUACGGAGAUUGUCGGUUAUGUUGAUGAACUGCAUGCCCCAGCUGUUGUUGGAGCAAAAGUCAAGUACGAUCUGUUCAAAUUCGUUUUGAACAAUGGAGAAACGAAGCGUAUUGUUUGUUUGAUUUGGGGAAAAACGUUGAUUGAAAAACAUGUUGGAAAAGUGCAAGUUGGAGAGAUUAUACACAUUGAGGGAGGAGUAACAAAAACUUCAACCUACGUAAAAGAGAAUAAUAAUAAUUUGGUACCUUUCGAAAUAUUGAUCAAGGACUCGACAACUGUUCAAAAUUUGGGUCAGCAUGUGAUUCCUGAGCACAGACCUAUUAAUCACGCUGAAGUGCAACAUGUUGAUUUUAGCAAUGUUGGAAAAGUCCAUGGUUUGAUAUCAAUUCAAGGCUAUCUUAAAAUGAAAUUUGUGAAAUGCCUACACAAAUAUAAACAGGAGUAUUAUGGCUGUGGUUCCAUCACUGAUGGAUCUUUGAAAGUUACAGUCCAUAUUAGAAAUUAUACAGGUUUGGAUAUCGAAAAAGGAACUAAGAUUGCAGUCAUCGGAGAAGUUGAUGAUACCACUGGUCCUGUAGUCAUUGUAUGCAGAGAUGAUUUUGCUAUAGUUCAGAUACCUGAUGCUAUAGCGAUGGAUCCUGUGGCUUUGGCUCGAGGAGUGAAAUCUCCAAAGAGAGGACACGAGUAGUUGAUUAAGUUCAUGUGUACGCAGGUAUAAUGUUUAGUUCUAUCUGUCAUUUCUAUUUUCUACGUAGUUUACUAAAUGUUUCAAUACUUAUGAAUAUACUACGUACUUUAUGUUCACUUGAAGUUGUUUAAAAUACUUUUAAAAAUUUUUGUUUUAAAACUUGAUAAAACUUGCUAAGUACUUCUUAAAUACUUUUAAUUUUUUUCCAAAUUCAAACUGGUCAAUAAAGUCAUUUUAAAGUAGAAAGGAAUAUUACAUUGAUAAGUAAGAUGGAGAAAAGUUGAGAUAACAGUUUGUGUAUUAUUACAUAAAAAUUUGUAAUUGAACUGAGUGUUAAGAUAUAGUUAUUAUUGAUGUAAAGAAAAACGUUGAGAUAGCACAGUUCAUAGUAUUAUUAUAAAUAGUUAUUUCAUAUAAUUGAUUGAAUAAUUUUAUGACAUAUAACAUUAUGUGUAAUUCUUGAUAAAAGUAGCAGAGUUAAUAAUAAUUCGUAGUGACCAAAAACACAAUAUUUAACAUUGAUAUUUAUUGUUCCGUAUAAUCAUUCAAAAACUGGCAACUAUAUGAACAUAUUAUUAUUACUGGUAGGUUGGAACAAAAUAUUAUAUAGUAUAUGUAACUUAUUGUGUG